CCCCCAACGGACCCCGCUUCCGCUUCUUCCACCGGUAAACGUCGUGUCCGGAGCACGAGAGUCGCGACGCCGGUAGCCCUCCUCACUCCCGCUUAACCAUCGUCGCCGUCGGAUGCGACCGCGGCGGCCCCAAUGGCGUCUUCCUCCGCCGCCGAGCCAGGCGCCCGCCUCUCCGAUCGGACGAGGAGGUCGCCCCUGGGCUUGAGGGCCAUGGUGCUCCUGAUGCACGUGUUCUUCGUCGGCGCCGUCUUCCUGCUCGAUCCGACCCUCGAUAGGCGGAUCCACGAGGAGCCGUGGUAUAUUGGAGUGUAUGGUGUGCUUGUUCUGAUCGCCUUAGCGCAAUACUUCUACACUGCUGGUUCAUCUCCAGGCUAUGUUAUUGAUGCAAUGCAAGCCAGUGGUGGGAUGCAUGCAACCUUCAUCAAUACUGCCACUCUUCCAAAACAAUCCAGUUCAAAACAUGGAAGCUUAAAGUGCUCCACAAACCGGCCUGGUCUAGAGAAACUUAGACCAAUGUCUUCUUCAUCGUCAUGGUUGCAUCAAAUUGUGGAUCUUUAUCCUCCUGGGUCAAGCAACAGGGAUUGGACUUGCCAAUAUUGCAAAAUUAUCCAGCCACCUCGUACCAGGCACUGCCAUGAUUGUGAUAAAUGCGUCCUUCAGUUUGACCAUCACUGUGUUUGGCUUGGAACGUGCAUUGGCAAAAAGAACCAUUGUCGUUUUUGGUGGUAUAUAUUUGAAGAAUCAAUCCUGUCUACCUGGACUGUUGCUCUGUACAUUGAGUCACUGCAUUUAGAUAUUGAGAAAGUCUGGUGGAAGGAUUUUAUUGGUGUAAUCCUGUUGGCAGUAUUGAUAUUUAUCCUAAUGUUUCUGUUGCUGCUGCUGUUGUUUCAUACCUAUAUUGCUCUCACAAAUCAAACAACCUAUGAAGUGGCUAGAAGGAAGCGGAUAUUCUACUUGAGGGGAAUUCCUGAUAGAGUUCAUCCGUUCAGUAAAGGCAUAUGCAGAAACAUCUAUGACUUCUGCUUCACCAGAGAGAAUGGAUUUGUUCUCGAAGCCGUGCCACCGAUUGAGGAACUGGAAGCCCGAGCAGCCCCGUACACAUGCCGAGACCUAUUUUGCUGCCGGUGCUGUUGAUACAUGGGUUGUACUGUACCAUUCUUUACCCCCCAGCAUGUGCUGCGAUCCAUUCAUCGAACUUGCUCGCCAGUGGAGGCAUGUCUUUCGUGCGCGCGCCAGUCCCUUUGAGUUCAUUUUCAUGUGAAAGUGCAUGUACAUUCUUAGCAACAAGAAAAUGUGUGUGUGGUCCGUGGUACAGAUGACUGUCCCUAUGAUAUGAGCAACAUUCGACUGAAAGUAGGUCUUGAGGACAGAAACUGUAUCGGGCGACUGCUUGCGCUUCUGUAUAAAAAAUGUGCAUUUGAGUUGUGGUUGUUUAUGGUCAUCGUUCAGUUUACUCUC